CAAGCAUUUGGCAUGUUGGAACCUCUGAUUCGAUGAACUCUGUGUGCUCGACGUCAUGUCUCCGGCGCCUUGGUGUGAUGUCGGUCAGAUCCCUUCUUCCAAGUGGUCCCCGAAGCCAUGUGCGAGGGACUGUCGGGCAUCCAGGGCUUCAGACGGCUCUUAGACAGACACGUGGACUUCCAAGACUCCAAGCUGAGGCCGUAAAACCCCAGUCACAUGGAUGUACGUGGAGUGGGAGAGGCAGGAAAGACAAUGUUCGGCAGGGCUUGGGGGAGACCUUCCAAGCGAGUUUAGGGCUUGUGCUUCUGCCAGCACUGGCUCCUGGAUCUCUGGGUCUCAGCGAAUAUCGAUGGAUCUUUGAGGACCUGGUGAGUGUUGGUUCAGUUGGGGUAGGACUUCCAGGUUUGGUAUCCCUCGGCAUCUUCCUGAACCCCAUGUUCGAAGCCAUGCCACGCAUUCGGAAGUUGGGCCAUGUCGGAGACAUGCCAAUGCUUCCCUACUCCGCCAUGGCUUCCAUGGGAAGUGUUUGGACGGCCUAUGGCUUGCUUCUCAGCAACCCGGCAGUGUGGACGCCAAAUCUUUGUGCAUCUCUACUUGGAGUCUACUACAUGUUCGUCUAUUGCAGGCACUGCCCAGAUUUGGGACAUCUGCUGACAGGUCACGUCUUGAAGGUUUUGGCCACCAUGCUCUUCUCUGCCGCCGCCUAUGGCUUUCUCCCACAUGACCUUGCCUUGAGCAUGUUGGGACUUACUGGGAAUGUGAUGACGAUCUUUAUGUUUGGGGGACCCUUGACAGCCAUCCGCACUGUCGUUCGGGAGCAGAACACGAGGGCUCUGAAUUUGGGCUUCACUUGUGCCGUGAAUCUCAAUUGCAUCUUGUGGUUCUUCUAUGCCUACUUCAUGCUGGAUGAUCCAUAUAUCUAUCUUCAGGAUGGAGUGGGUAUCAUCCUUGCAACGAUUCAAUUGGGCCUAUUUGCCCGUUAUGGUGUUCAAAGACAUUGAUACUUGCAGGCUGGUGAAGGCUUAUAUCGUUAU